UUAGUGCUCAAAAACAUUCAAAUUCAAAUUAUAUAUGGUGUCAUGUAUGUAUACAUCGUUUUGUUGUAUCAUUAGUAGAAUAUUUUUCAAGCCCAAUUAAAAUGCAAGGUACAAUCAAAUACAGUACUGCACUCUCAGUUUCCAUGGAAACGUAAACACGCGGAAGUAUGUGCCGUGAUUUGAUCCUUCGGUCAUCUGACCUAACUUACAAUGGGCCCGCAGUAAGACAGUGUAUACGGGUCUUAAUAAGUUAUUUAUAUUUAUCUUUGAGCAAAAUGGACUUGAACAAUCUUAGACGCGCGUCAUCUGCUGGCUACCGGCUACCGGAACGAACGAAAGGGAGCAGGCCGAUAACAAAGCAAGAAUUCGCGGCCAAAUGUCUGAAGAGGGCUCGAGACACGACGUCCUCCUCGACGCGGGGUGCAGACGCGAGUGAUCCAGUCAAGCACGACCAAGCGUGGAGAGAAAUGGUGUGGAGUGAAAGGAGAGCAGUACUGGAAUGGGACAAGAACUGGAGUUUCUUGCGGAAUUACGACGAGUUGGGAGAGCUGAAGACAGAAGAACCUUUACCUGACAAUUCAUCACUCUUCUCGGAUUGUGCCCCCAACACAACUAAUCAAAUAUUUGGAAGCCGAUUGUCGACGCCAUUGGGACUUGAACUGAUUAGACUAGACCGACUUUUAUCCAGGUCCGCAAGCCAUCAUAAAUGCAAACAGGAUCCGGAGAUGAUGUCAUGCUAGAUAAGUUACUUUAUAUUCACCACUCUUGACGCAUGAGUAGACCAGGAUCUGAUAUUACUCUCUUUGCAUGGUGCUCAGUUGCAUUUUGCUAGCUUAUCAACUUGCCAUAACUGCAUAAGAAGCAUGCAUUGUUUUGCAAGUAAUACAUAUGUUGUAUUCACUCAAAGACAAUUUUAUAACAAGACAAAUAUUGAUCAAA